AUGUCGUCACCACCACCAUACCAAUCGUCAUCCAAUCCCCUCAAACGACCCUCCAUCUCCUCUGCCUCACAGCCGAUUGGCAAGAAACAGCGCAUGCAUCCACUCCGCCAAACUUCAUUCCCGAACGGCAUCGAUGUUGGAGAUCGCAGUUUCGCUGGUACCAGCGAAGCCGGUAGCGUGACAGGCAGUUUCACAGGGAGUCUAGGCGGAGCAAGCGCAGAUGGAAUCUUCUCUGCCGCACGGGGAAAGAAACGCGGACGCAAGAGUAAAGCCGAGAAAGAGCGGGAACGGGAGCGCGAUGAUGCUCUCAGCGCUAGGGCGGGAGAUUCUACACGGUUCGGAUCAGUCGAUAACGAGGGUUCGGUCCGAGGUGGUCCUUCUGGCGGCGGAGGCGGCGGUGGAGGUGCUGAUGAUGCGGACGAUUAUGAUGACGACGACGAGGCAGAGCUGUUUGGGCAGCAAGAAGGAGCUACGGAUACAGAGGCUGAGAAGAAGAACCUAGCGAUCCUGGUUGAUGCUUUCAACCCUAUGCAAUCGGAGCGAUACGAUCUCUUCAAGCGAGCGAAGCUGCGCAAGGAAACACUCCGCCGUAUCGUUAACCAUGCCCUCUCACAAUCCGUCCCGGCCAGCGUGGUCACGACCGUCAACGGCUUCACCAAGGUCUUCGCCGGUGAGGUGAUUGAAAUGGCGCGAACGGUUCAGGCCCAAUGGGCCGAAGCACACGACCUUGCUGCGCGCGAUGCGUUCGAGGCCGAAGAAGCCGCUGCCGAAGCCGCGGCCCAGGCGAAAGCCUCAGCUGCGAACGCAAAUUCAAAACACUCCACACCAACCCCCACAGGCACUCCAACCUCUUUCGGCAAUGGUGUUAAAAAAGAACCACAUGACUCUAGUCGUACACCUACACCCUCUAUCCCUACUUAUCAGAACUCUCCGCACCAAACUCCCACUCCUCUCCGCCCCAGACGCGAGUUCCGUCUUCCGCCAAACCCACACCGUGGCCAACUUCUUCCAUCGCAUUUGCGUGAAGCGGUACGGCGAACGAAGCGUGAUGGUGAAGGUGGUGGAGUCGGCUACUCGGGAUUGAGUCUGGAGAACCUGGGAGUUCGAGGCUCAUUCACGUGGAACUCGGGGAGUGCAGGUGGGAGGAGGCUUUUCAGAUGA